UCAUUUAUGUUGAGAUGUUCGAGAUUAUCUAGGUCUCCCCCAUCCAUUACUGUCUUUCAAAAUGGCGUUCAGCUUGGCUGCCUUCGCGUAUAUUUGUGCAUUAAUUAUCGAUGCAUUUUUAAUAUUCUUCGCUAUUUAUCAUGUAAUUGCAUUCGAUGAACUCAAGACCGAGUAUAAAAACCCUAUCGAACAGUGCAAUAGUCUCAACGCACUUGUGCUCCCCGAGUACGCACUGCACAUUUUAAUUAACAUAUUAUUUUUAACAAGUGGGGAGUGGUUCUCGAUACUUCUCAAUGCGCCCCUCAUAGCGUACCACGUAAACAGAUAUUUAACAAGGCCCGUGAUGACUGGCCCCGGGCUAUAUGAUGCCACCAGCAUAUUGAAUGCUAACAAUUUGUCGAGAUGUCAACAGGAGGGCUGGGUCAAACUUGCAUUCUAUCUUUUAUCAUUCUUCUAUUAUUUGUAUGGAAUGAUCAGCUCCCUGAUCCACUGAACAGGUUCCUGACCCACUGAACUGCCAGUGAUGGAGUACCACCGGUGGAAUUGAUCGGAAAUAUCCACUUCGAUGAGACGAUUAAUCUUCCAAAUGCAGUCUUUUAUUUCCUUUUAAUUCUCAUUUUUAUAUAGUAACUACAAAACGUCACAAAAUUUUCUUUAAAAUUUCAACUAGUGCCAAUUAUAGGAGACGUCUGAUAGUCUAAAAAAAGAUUAUGCUUUCAUGAACAUUAAUUGAAUACUCCACAACAAAUAAAUUGAGAAAUUGUAAUUUUUUAUCAUUAGACCAAUUAUGUUAAUACAUAAUUAUUUAUUCAUUAGCACUACGAUAAUUAUUUCUAGUCUUCAAUUAAUAUCAUUCGAUCACAGUAAUUUAACGGGCAGUACUUGGUUCUACACAUAAUCCAUAAAAAAAGUUCACCAAUUUCACAAGUCUCGUCUGUGAAUAGUGAAGCUUGUGUAUUUUGUAUUUUGAUACUGGUAAAUAUUAAAUAUCAAAAUGUAUUUUCGAAUGACACCAGUUCUAUGAGUUUCCCGUGUAAAUAACGUUGAUCAGGUGAACGUCUACGACUAAUUAUUUUUUAUUAUAGAAAGCAUGUAAAUGUGUUGAGUAUCAAAUCCACGAGUACAAUAUAAAUGUGUAAUAAAAACCGUAUGAAUUUGGAUAUCACAAA